AUUGGGACUGACCCAGUUCCAGGACUGCACAGCAAGAUCCCGCAGGGUUUGCGUCUGCGCGGCGGGCACCUACUGCAGGGGCGGUGUGGACGAGACCACCAGCACGUGUAGCCAAUGCCGUGCCCACACCCCCUGUCCUCCCGGGCAAGGGGUGGACAGAGCAGGAGACUUCCGACAGGACACUGUGUGCAGGAGAUGCGAGAAUGGGACCUUCUCGAAUGCCACGUCCCCCACAGCUCGCUGCCAGCCUCAUGCCAACUGCUCGCAACUGGGCCUGGCGAUGGAGAGAGCUGGCAGCGCCGUCUCGGACACGAAAUGCCACCCUGGGCGCCUGGGACAGCAGGGGCCGCUGGGCCAAACGGCCACAGAUUCCACCUCCGUCUCCCUGGCUGUAAUCUCCGGGCUCCUCCUGGUGCUGAUCGUCCUCUCGAGCUACUGCGUCAUGUUGGACCUGCACAAGUCUCGACCCCUCCAGCUCUCCUGUUUCAAGUGGGUUUUUAAAUCGUGCAAUGCACAUCCGGAGCCAGAGACAGGGAAUGAGAACCUCCCGGAGGAUCUCCGGACUGAGGAGCUGUUGGGCUCGGUUGUUAGCGCACAGUGCGAUCCCGGCACGGCAGGCGGAGAGUCUAUCCCCGUGGAGCGCGAGGCACUGCAGUCAGAGCAGAGCCGCCCCUGCCCCAUUCCCGAAGCUAACCCUGGGAUUCCCGGAGGCGCGGACAGCCCAGUCCGGCCCCCCCUGCAGACGGAUGACGGCAGGUCCCCGGGGAAAGAGACGCCGAAGGGAUCUGGGAUCAUCGGGCCCGUCUACAUCUAUAACCCAUCCCGGGUCUACGUCGGCGUCAUCAGCGAUCAGCGCAGCUCGCAGCGAAGCCUUCGCGGCAGAGCGGAUCCGGCCACCGACGACGGGAUCCUGCGCUACCCACAGGAGGAGCAGGGGGCCCCGCAGCGAGAGUCCGGCCACCUCCCCGAGCAGGAGAGCGGCAAGGAGAGUCACCUCCCGGAGUCGGCCUCCGAGGACCCAUAGCCGCCAGCCGGCACUUUGGUCGGCCUAUCAACAGCCUCUGACGGACCGUCUGAGGCCCCUGUUUGUAAAUACCGGACGGAGCGGCUCGUCCUCGCGUCCCUGGAGGCCGAAGUG